AUGUCCUCCUACUCCGUUCAGGUCACAAAGACCCCUGCCAUAAAAAAUGCGCCCCUCUUCGGACUCUCUGAGGGCAAUGGCUCCUUCAACAACCUUCAUCUCGCCGGACUCGUCCUCAUUGUCCCAUGGUUCGUCAAGCGGAUGCUCCCGGUCGUCAACUACGGCGGAUUCAAGACGUAUCUGUUCCUGGUCCUCGUACUGGGGUUACCCAUCACCAUGGCGUACUGGACCUUUAUGAGCGUGUAUGGAACGCGAAAAAACUCCAAGGUCCAGCUGCCUGGGCGCAAGAUUGAGGAAUAUAUCACGAUCAACGACCCGGAGCUGAAGGCCAAGUACUAUGGCCUCGAGAAAAUCCCCAUGCAGGUGUUUCACGACGCGUACUUCGAGGGAAAAAUUGAAUUCAAUGGUGAUGUGCUUGACGUUAUGGAGCAGCGUCAUGAUUGGGCGAAGAUGAUCUUCACAUUUGAACUGUUCAAAUAUGUUUUCACUGUCCUCGUUCCGGACGUGAUUAUGCACCAAAGGAGUCAGGACGAGGAGCAGGUCCGAGGACAUUACGAUCGAGGAGACGAUUUCUAUGAGUGGUUCCUUGGCCCACGAAUGGUUUACACCGCUGGCGUGGUUAGUGACAUCACAAGGGAGGAGACUCUCGAGGAACUACAGGACAAUAAACUGACUCUAGUUUGCGACAAGCUCGAUCUCCAACCAACAGACCGUCUGCUUGAUGUUGGCUGCGGAUGGGGCACACUCUGCGCAUUCGCUGCGAAGAAUUACGGCUGCGAGGCCCUUGGCAUCACUCUGGGCAGGAAUCAGACGAAGUUUGGUAACGACCGCAUUCAAGCGAACGGUAUCGAUCCGUCCCGAGCCGAGGUCCUGUGCUUGGACUACCGCGAUAUUCCCGGUGGCAAGGGCGCAUACACAAAGAUUGUUAGUCUCGAGAUGGCUGAGCAUGUCGGAAUCAGACGCUAUGGGGCAUUCCUGCGCCAGAUGUAUGACCUCCUCGAUGACGACGGCAUCUUCGUCCUACAGGUCGCAGGUAUUCGGCCCGCAUGGCAGUAUGAGGACCUGAUCUGGGGCCUGUUCAUGAAUAAAUACAUUUUCCCGGGUGCGGAUGCGUCAUGCUCACUCGGGUGGGUCGUGAGCCAGGUGGAGGCGGCUGGCUUCGAGGUGAAGAACAUCGACGUGCUUGGCGUGCACUACAGUGCGACAAUCUGGCGGUGGUACAGGAACUGGGUCUCAAACAAGGAUAAGAUCAUCGAGAAGUAUGGCGAGAGAUGGUACAGGAUCUGGGUGUUCUUCCUUGCGUACUCCACCAUCAUCAGCAGGCAAGGAAGCGCAUCCGUCUUUCAGCUCACACUCCACAAGAACUUGAACGCCUUCCCGAGGAUCCUUGGUGUGCCGAGCCAUACGUCCCUCCAUGGCUCGCCUAAGCAUGAGAUCUCGUGA